AUGGCUAUCCUGCAGGUACACCAAGCCAAGGCGCUCAAAGCAAUGCCCGAGGGUGGUACCCACCCGGGGUUGAUGCAGGAGCUGCGCACGGCGACUGACUUCGCCUUACGGGCGACGAAGAUCACGGCGCGGUCCCUCGGGAAGGCGAUGUCCACGCUGGUGGUCCAGGAGCGGCAUCUCUGGCUGAACCUGGCUGAGAUGAGGGACAUGAACAAGGCCCGCUUUCUCGAUGCUCCCAUCUCCCAGCAUAAUUAUGUGAAAUCAAAUUCAUUAGACCGGUGUUAUGUCAAACUAAUAUCUUUAGCAGAACAGGCAUUUGUCACUCUGACCACAAACGAUAGCUAUGCAAGAGGAGCUAUGGUGCUUGGAAAAUCUCUUAGGAACCACAAGACUUCAAAAAAGCUGGUGGUGCUCAUUGGACCCCAUGUGUCCAAUCAGUCAAGGGCAGUUCUUCAUAAGAUCUUCGAUGAAGUCAGGGUAGUGGAUGUGUUGAACAGUGGGGACACAGCAACCUUAGCCAUGAUGAAGAGACCUGAUCUGGGUGUCACGUUCACCAAGCUGCACUGCUGGACUCUCACACACUAUUCCAAAUGUGUGUUUAUGGAUGCAGACACACUGGUGGUAUCAAACAUAGAUGAGCUGUUUGACAGAGAGGAGCUGUCUGCAACUCCAGACCCCGGCUGGCCUGAUUGUUUUAACUCUGGUGUGUUUGUGUUUCGCCCAUCUAACGAAACCUACAGCAAACUUCUGAAAUAUUGCACAGAGCACGGAAGCUUUGACGGAGGAGACCAAGGAGUUCUGAACGGCUUCUUCAGCGACUGGGCAACAGCCGACAUCAACAAACACCUUCCCUUCAUCUAUAACAUGAGCAGCAUAGCCAUCUACACGUACCUUCCUGCGUUGAAACAAUAUGGUGCAAAUGCAAAGGUUGUGCACUUCCUGGGCCAGAUGAAGCCGUGGAGCUACACAUAUAACCUCACGCAGAGGAGAUUGAGAGGAGAUGUGCAGGCCUCAUCUCAGCACGGCUUCCUGCUGCAGUGGUGGGCUCUGUACAGCGCCGAGGUGCUGCCCGCUCUGAUCCGAGAGUAUGGAGACCAGCGCUUCAACUCCGGCUGUGAGGAGGAAGCUGUGGAGAGCGAGGAGCGUGUUCAGCCGCUCGUGUCCUCAGCGGAGCGCCGGCAUCUCUGGGAACAGGGCCAGGCCGACUACAUGGGAAUAGACUCUUUUGACAACAUUCAGAAAAAGCUUGAUGUUUUCCUGAAAUAGAAAGUCAAAAACACAUACAAAUUUGCGAGGGUAUUCAGCUAUGCAAGACUCAUCACACUCUCCAUCUUCCUCAUUCAAACAUUUAUUACUAGUUGCCAGAACUUAACUUUUGAACCUCGUGAAAAAUGUGAAUUCUGAAGGGCAUGGCUACUAAGGGAGUUUGGGGCCAGCUUUCUCUUUCACAUACUCAGUGUCCAUGUUUUAAAGACGCAGUCCCGUCAUUUUUUGGACUUAUACUGACACCUAGUGAUCUGGAUUCAUAAUCAUACAGUAGGAAGAGUUUUCAGUCACCAAUACCAAUGUACAAACUCUUCAGUUUACAAUGAUCAAUAUAUUUUACACACAGAAGUCCAGGAAUGGGGUUCCUGAGAAACCCAGCUACUACUGAUGGUAUUGAGGUGACAUGUUCAAUGUACACAAAACAGCUUUUAUUAGUCUACUGGUGUAACUGGAGUGAGUUUUAUCACGUGUGUACAUGAUUUU